UGUACAAACAGGAUGCUGCUCCUCGGACACAUUCAGACAUCAACUGUGUUGCAGCUCUGCAUUCAUUUCUUCAUCGUCUGUGGGACAUUUUAUUGUUUCUUUACUUUUGGAACCAAACUAACCAUUAAAUAUUUACUCCUGUUACCUUGAGAUACAAUUCAACUUGAGGGUGAAAGGGAGGAACAUUGGAACAACCAAAAGGUAUGAACUGCUGUUAGUUACCAAGGAGGAACCCAUCUGACAAACAACCAGAAGACGAGAGACUCCAUACUGUUUACAGCGUUCAUAAGGGUUUUACUGUAUCAAACCAACGUUCUACAGAUAUCCACCGGAACCAAACUAUUCUGACAAUUAUCUCAGUAGAUUUGACUGACGUUGGAAGAGAUGAGAUCUGUGUUUUCCCACCCUGCCGUCCUGUUCCUGUGGAUUCAGAGUUCUAGUGGAUGGAUGCAUCCUAAAUGCCAGAUUUAUGACAGUAGUGAAGACUUGGAACACUUUCCCACCUGGACCUGCAGCCACAUACCUCAUCAUGCAGAACGUUACACUGCUGCCUGUCAAGAUGUCACAGCCAUCGAGGAGGAUCUACUUGGACUUCCCCCUAAUAUCAAUACCCUCUGCAUAUCUAUGACACAUGGUGAAAAUAGAUCCAUGUCUCUGGGCUUUUUCUCUCAGUUUCAGGAUCUGGAGUACCUGUACAUUAAGGGCUGUUUUAGUCAAAUCCUUCCAUCUGGGAACAGUCACCUCCCAAAUCUGCAGUAUUUACAUUUGGAUCGAUUGGGCUCUGGGUGCUGUGAUUGUCAUUUUGGGCCUCAUACAUUCAGAGAUUUCGUCAAGCUGAAUCAUUUGACCAUAUGGGGUUAUCGACUAUCAGCAAUGUCCCCAGAUGUUUUCCAUGGCAUCCCUCAGUUACAAAGUCUCAUCAUUAUUCAACCCUGUGUAGAUGAUUUGUCAGAGAUACUAUGCAGAAUAAUGAAUAUAAAGUCACUUAUAGAGCUAAAAAUAAAAGCACCAGAGAUACGAUCGUUAAACCAAUCAAACUGCUCCAUUUUAAUAACCAAAGAAAGCAUGACACCUGUUUUUACCAAUCUAGCGUUCUCUGACUUCUCAGUUGGUGAAAUAACACAUAUAGAGGAAGGUUCACUGGCUUGGCUCCAGAACCUCACAAUGUUAACAGGGGCUUUCAGCCAGGAAGUCCUACUGGACCUUCCCCUGUCUGGGAUAAAACAAAUCCAGGUCUUCAGUCGCUCUGGGAUCAAUGUCAUUGAUAUUGAAAGUAUCUGUAAUGUAGUGUUUUUGCUUUCAAUCAAGAAAAUAUUUGUAGACAAUUUCAAUACAAGCAGCCUCUCUAUGUCCAGUGUUGAAUUGUGCACUGGGCUAGAAUAUAUGUAUUUAAGUGUACCUUUGUCUUUCCAUCCUACUACCCAUUUGGAAUGGAAUUUUAUUUCCAGUCUCAAAAACCUUAAUCAAUUAAAAAUAGACGGCCUGGAAGAUAACAGACUUGAUAUUUGCUCCUUCCAAAAACAACCAAUAACAUGGUUAACAAAUCUCACUUUAGGGUUGAAAAAUCAAAUGCUUUUUGCUAAACAAUUUAGCUGUCUUGUUAAGCUGCUGUAUCUGGAUAUAAAACAUAAUUUAAUUUCAAACAUUGAAGACUUUGCUUUCCUGGGAUUGACAAAUCUGGAGUCCUUGGACAUUACAAGAAAUAAGAUAACACAGAUAAAUGCAAACACAUUUUAUAGUUUACAUAGUUUGACAUGGUUAGACCUCAGGAACAAUCCACUUAUUCACAACAUUGAGGCGAUGUCUUUCACACACCUCAUGUCUCUUAGACAAGUGUUUCUCGGGCAAGUGCACAAUCCCCUAACAGAACCUGUGAUCAAGCUGAAUCUGACACUUAUAUUUGGUGGAAUUCUGAGUCAGCUGACUCAUCUGUACAUUAGUUCAGCUAUGAGGCCAAUGCAGUUGACUAUUGGCAGUAACAUCACAUCUAAACAGAACCUGAGUCUCCAGCUCAAAGGCCAGACGGUGUCAUUUCAGGACUGUGACAGACCUUUCUUUCAGUCUGUAACCCAUCUUCAUGCUGAUGCUGAAGAAUUCCUUUGUGGAUCUGAAUUCAUGGGAAAGUACUUCAAGUCUGUGGAGACAUUUGACUACAGAUCGAAGCUUUCAGCUAAAAGGGUUGAUUUAUCAUCAAUUAAUCACCUGAUUCACCUGAGGAAACUGACUCUACGAGAGGUGGAUCUUUUAAUACAGCGUUCUGCCGACAUCAUUUUUCACAACUUGACUAAACUGGAGGAUCUGGAAAUUUACCACUGCAGGAUUUAUUCUUUAGAGGGGAGUUUAACUAAAGACUUGAAAUCUUUGAAAACGUUGUAUUUGCUUAUAGAGAACAUUUAUAAUGUAUUCUACAGCUUUACUGAACCUCUCUCUAGGCUUAAGCAUUUGACAUUUGAUAAUUUACAGAUGUUUUGCAGUUGUGACAAUGCUUGGCUCAUUACAUGGGCAAAGGGGUGCAGGCAGGUUGAAGUGAUCAUGCUUACUCCGUAUACUAGUCCCGGUAUGUAUGCUUUGGAGGACUUGAUAUGCUUGUCGGACAAUGGAAUAGACACACCUAAUUUUGUCAAGUACACAGAAGCCAACUGCACAACAGAGGCUGGCUUUGUGCUCUUUGUUGCGACUGGCCUGGGAGUCCUGUUCUUCAUGCUGGUGGUGUUGGUCCAUAACCUGGCCGGCCCCUACCUCCUCCCCCUCUACCACAUCACCCUUGGCUGGCUGUUAGAAGCCAUGCGAUCCAACACCAGGGGGCGCUACCACUACGAUGCGUUUGUCUCCUAUAGCGGGAAGGACGAGCGCUGGGUGGUGGAGGAGCUGCUACCUAAUCUGGAGCAGAGGGGUCCUCCUUUCCUGCGCCUCUGUCUGCACAGCAGGGACUUCCAGCUGGGGAAGGACAUUGUGGAGAACAUCACAGAAAGCCUCUACCGGAGCCGCCACACCCUCUGCCUAGUCAGCCGCCACUACCUGCGCAGUAACUGGUGCUCUCUGGAGAUGAAGCUGGCCACCUACAGGCUGCAGGUGGAGCAAAGGGACAUCCUCCUCCUGGUCUUCCUGGAGAAGAUCCCCCCUCGCCGGCUGUCUGCCCACCACAGGCUGGCUCGCCUGCUGAAAACCAGGACUUAUCUGGACUGGCCCCAGGACCCCCAUCAGCACCAGGCAUUCUGGGACAGACUGUGGGCUAAACUGAAACCUCAGACUGAGCAUGACAUCAGAGGUUGAUGUAGAACCUUGUGGACUGAAAUGUGACAUCAGAGGUUGAUGUAGAACCUUGUGGACUGAAAAGUGACAUCAGAGGUUGAUGUAGAACCUUGUGGACUGAAAAGUGAGAUCAGAGGUUGAUGUAGAACCUUGUGGACUGAAAUGUGACAUCAGAGGUUGAUGUAGAACCUUGUGGACUGAAGCAUGAGAUCAGAGGUUGAUGUAGAACCUUGUGGACUGAAGCAUGAGAUCAGAGGUUGAUGUAGAACCUUGUGGACUGAAAUGUGACAUCAGAUGUUGAUGUAGAACCUUGUGGACUGAAAAGUGACAUCAGAGGUUGAUGUAGAACCUUGUGGACUGAAGCAUGAGAUCAGAGGUUGAUGUAGAACCUUGUGGACUGAAAUGUGACAUCAGAUGUUGAUGUAGAACCUUGUGGACUGAAGCAUGAGAUCAGAGGUUGAUGUAGAACCUUGUGGACUGAAAUGUGACAUCAGAUGUUGAUGUAGAACCUUGUGGACUGAAGCAUGAGAUCAGAGGUUGAUGUAGAACCUUGUGGACUGAAGCAUGAGAUCAGAGGUUGAUGUAGAACCUUGUGGACUGAAAUGUGACAUCAGAUGUUGAUGUAGAACCUUGUGGACUGAAGCAUGAGAUCAGAGGUUGAUGUAGAACCUUGUGGACUGAAGCAUGAGAUCAGAGGUUGAUGUAGAACCUUGUGGACUGAAGCAUGAGAUCAGAGGUUGAUGUAGAACAUUGUGGACUGAAAAGUGACAUCAGAGGUUGAUGUAGAACCUUGUGGACUGAAGCAUGAGAUCAGAGGUUGAUGUAGAACCUUGUGGACUGAAAAGUGACAUCAGAGGUUGAUGUAGAACCUUGUGGACUGAAAAGUGACAUCAGAGGUUGAUGUAGAACCUUGUGGACUGAAAAGUGACAUCAGAGGUUGAUGUAGAACCUUGUGGACUGAAGCAUGAGAUCAGAGGUUGAUGUAGAACCUUGUGGACUGAAAAGUGACAUCAGAGGUUGAUGUAGAACCUUGUGGACUGAAGCAUGAGAUCAGAGGUUGAUGUAGAACCUUGUGGACUGAAAAGUGACAUCAGAGGUUGAUGUAGAACCUUGUGGACUGAAGCAUGAGAUCAGAGGUUGAUGUAGAACCUUGUGGACUGAAAUGUGACAUCAGAGGUUGAUGUAGAACCUUGUGGACUGAAGCAUGAGAUCAGAAUAGUUGAUGUAGAACCUUGUGGACUGAAAAGUGACAUCAGAGGUUGAUGUAGAACCUUGUGGACUGAAGCAUGAGAUCAGAGGUUGAUGUAGAACCUUGUGGACUGAAAUGUGACAUCAGAUGUUGAUGUAGAACCUUGUGGACUGAAAUGUGACAUCAGAGGUUGAUGUAGAACCUUGUGGACUGAAAUGUGACAUCAGAGGUUGAUGUAGAACCUUGGGUAUAGAAAUUUGAUUUCAGAGGUUGAUGUAGGACCUUGUGGACUGAAAUGUGACAUCAUAAGUUGAUGUUUAACCUUGUGGACUGAAGCAUGAGAUCAGAGGUUGAUGUAGAACCUUGUGGACUUAAAUGUGACAUCAUAAGUUGAUGUAGAACCUUGUGGACUGAAAUGUGACAUCAGAGGUUGAUGUAGAACCUUGUGGACUGAAAUGUGACAUCAGAGGUUGAUGUAGAACCUUGUGGACUGAAGCAUGAGAUCAGAGGUUGAUGUAGAACCUUGUGUUAUUGCAGAUGCAAUGUUGACAUAUGACAGCUGUUGAAUUUGUUGUUAAAAGUCCUCCGUACAAAAUGUCUACCGCUGUUUGAAAUUUGUUUUGUCAAUUCCCUUUAAAUGCUCUGUCUGGAGUGUACUUGUUGUGAUUCAUCUGAAAUUACUUUUAAUAGCCUUAUUUAAAUUGCUCAUAAAAAAGCCUAAACAUUUUUUAAAUUCCCAAAAUGUUAUCAGAUCCUAUUUGUAUUUUUAAACACCUAAUUGCUAACACAUAUCUUUGUUUGUAUAUUUGUUGCUAAGAGGAACUGAAAAGGGUGUGACUACUGUGUACUGCAGUGAAUGACAAAACAUACAUGUCUUAUGACCAUGAAGCAGUUAUUAAUGACAAAACAUGAAUGACCAAUGACCAAGAAGCAGUUAUUAAUGACUAUACAUUAAUGACCAAUGACCAUGAAGCAGUUAUUAAUGACUAUACAUGAAUGACCAAUGACCAUGAAGCAGUUAUUAAUGACUAUACAUUAAUGACCAAUGACCAUGAAGCAGUUAUUAAUGACUAUACAUUAAUGACCAAUGACCAUGAAGCAGUUAUUAAUGACAAUACAUUAAUGACCACGAUGCAGAUAUUUUAUUUGAACAUCGAUCGAAGAGAUUUGUACAGAAAUGUUGUUGCUAGUUGUUUAAUUAAAUGUUGUUGCAAAUGUUUUAACUAAAUGUGUUUGCUAUUUGUUUACCAAAAUGUAAUUGCUAGUUGUUUAGCUAAAUCUAGUUGCUAGUUGUUUACCAAAAUGUAAUUGCUAGUUGUUUAGCUAAAUCUAGUUGCUAGUUGUUUACCAAAAUGUAAUUGCUAGUUGUUUAGCUAAAUCUAGUUGCUAGUUGUUUACCAAAAUGUAAUUGCUAGUUGUUUAGCUAAAUCUAGUUGCUAGUUGUUUAAUUAAAUGUUGUUGCAAAUGUUUUAACUAAAUGUGUUUGCUAUUUGUUUACCAAAAUGUAAUUGCUAGUUGUUCAGCUAAAUCUAGUUGCUAGUUGUUUACCAAAAUGUAAUUGCUAGUUGUUUAGCUAAAUCUAGUUGCUAGUUGUUUACCAAAAUGUAAUUGCUAGUUGUUUAGCUAAAUCUAGUUGCUAGUUGUUUAACUCAAUGUGUUGUUAGUUGUUUAACUAAAAUGCAGUAGCUAGAUGUUUAACUAAAUGUAAUGGGUGAGUUUUUUAACUAAAUCUAAUUGCGAGUUGUUUAGCUAAAUCAUGUUGCUAUUUGUUCAACUAAUUGUAGUUGCUAGUUGUUAACUAAAUGUAGUUUUUAGUUGUUUAACAUUUUGUAGCUGCUAGUUGUAUAACUAAAUCUAGUUGCUAGUUUUUUAACUCAAUGUGUUGCUAGUUGUUUAAUUAAAUGUAGUUGCUAUUUCUUUAACCAAUUGUAGUUUCUAUUUGUUUACCUAAAUGUAGUUGCUAAGUGUUAAACUAAAUGUGUUGCUUGUUGUUUAACUUAAUGUGUUGCUAGUUUUUUAACUGAAUGGGUUGCUAGUUGUUUAUCUAAAUGUGUUGCUAGUUGUUUAACUAACGGUGUUGCUUGAGUGUAGCCUGUAUAUGGUUCAUAGCACCUACAUUUGAUACAAGUCUUAACUCAUGGGAGUGGGGAGGGGGACCCCUUUCUGGACAAUGAGUCAUUUCUGCGCAAUAUUGGAGGUAACAUAGUUUUAUUUAAUUAUUUCAUUACUGUUCAUGCUUUUGAUUUAGGCAUUCAUCCGAAACAUUGGAAACUGUCUUCUGUUUCUGCUUUUAAAUAAAUAGCAUCCCUGCACUA